AUGGAUUCUAAAUUGCUUUUUCAAAUUAUCCUCAACAGCGAUGAUCUGCAGACAACCGGUAGCGACAAUUGCACCUUCAACAAGGAGCAUAAGGAACUGGGCAAGGGUAACUUCACUAAGAUUCCCAACGGUGUCAAUGGUGUCGAAGAUCGCAUGUCUGUCGUUUGGGAGAAGGGUGUACACGCUGGUCUAUUAGACCCUUGCCGAUUUGUCGCCGUCACCAGUACCAAUGCCGCCAAAAUAUUCAAUCUCUAUCCGCAAAAGGGCCGCAUUGCUGUGGGCUCUGAUGCAGACAUCGUCAUCUGGAAUCCAAACGCCACACGCACCAUCUCCAGGGAGACUCAUCAUCACGCAUGCGACUACAACAUCUUCGAGGGCAUGGUAUGUCAUGGUGUGCCCGAGAUAGUUUUGGUACGUGGACGCAUUUGUGUAGAAGAUGGCGCUGUGCGCGUGGCUGAGGGCUAUGGUCGCUUUAUCAAUACACCAACACGUCCGCCAUAUCUCUACGAUGUGCUAGAAGGUAAGGCUGCACUAAACGAAGAGCGCAAUGGGGAGGAGGCUGCGCAUGAGGAACACUUGAAUGGUGGGCUGAAGAAGUUGGACUUGGGUGCAUUGGAAAUCGAAAUACCCUACCAGGAGCCAAUUUCGCGCACACUUCUGGCUUCCAUGCCGGGUGCAGGUGGUUCCGUGGCGAGCACACCGUCGGGUCGGGGACACGUCGAAGGUACGCGCAACAUGCAAGAAUCAACGUUUUCCGUUAGCGCCGUUUUGCAGGCAUACAGGGCAGUAUUGGCCUUCCUGGAGCGGUCUUCAGUGUUUCGCUUCCAGUUCAGCUUCCUGUCCAGAAUAACACCAAGGAUUGACACUAAGUCCACAUUCCUUGGACCAGAUGUUUACCAGACCGAGUGCGUUUUGCAACAACUCACUCAGGACCUGAAGAUGUUUGCCCGUUGCAACGAUUGCUAUGUCAUCGGCGUACGCUAUGACUUGACAACCGGUGCUCUUUAG